AAGCAAGCGAUGUAUUACUAACGAGUCGUGCCAAGAUGUCAAUAUCCAAAUUAUUUGUGAAAGUAUUUAAUGAAGACAUUUUUGAGCACCUAGACCAGGAUAACUCCGACUUGGAAGAUGAUUUGGAGGGAGCCAAUUGCUCCACGGUGCCGGAUUCCCGGGCACCAAAGAUCAGCGAACUCUCCGUUACAAAACAAAUGGCCAUUGUGAGGAACUGGCUGGAUGACAAAUUCCAGCAGAUACAAACGGACAGCAAUGAGGAGAUACGCAAACUCUACAUUGAGACGGAGGCGCGAAUCGGACCCGAUCUGGCCAUCUUCGAUGUGGACUAUACGACAACGGUGCGAGUGUCCACAGAUAGGCUGACUCUGCGCUCCCAAGGCAGCUUCAACACGGUGCGCGCAAAUUGUUGCGUCUAUGGAGGUCGUUGGAUGUAUGAGAUUCAACUGCACACCAAGGGGGUCAUGCAAAUCGGCUGGUCUUCGGGCAAUUGUAGUUUCAAUGAGAACAGCGGCGUGGGCGACACCAGCUAUAGCUACGGCUAUGAUGGCAGCAAGCAACAGGUCUGGCACAUCUCCACCAGAAAAUACGGCGACAAGUGGCAAAUUGGUGAUAUCAUCGGCGUCACCAUCGAUGUGGACCGCGAGAUUAUUGAAUUCUAUCGCAAUGGACGCUCCAUGGGCAUUGCCUUUGAGAAGAUACAGAAGGGACCGGGCAUCACAUUUUUUCCAUCCAUCUCGCUAGGCUACACCCAGGGCGUGCAGGCCAAUUUUGGCAAUCGUCCAUUCGUAUAUCCGCUGGUUGGAUAUCAGCCUCUGAUGGCACGUCCCAUCCUCAAGCUGCGUCGCGCCAACCUACUCAUGGACUAUCUGAUCAAUCUGGCGGGCAUAUUCUCGCACUAUAACGCACAGACCAGAUCGAGCACCCAAAUGGCUGGCGAAGUGCGUGUAUCGACGAAGAAGACAGUUUACUGCAUAUUUGCAACGUUGCUCAUUGAACGCUUUACGAAUGGGGUCUUCGAUCCGUAUAUCAUCGAGGAUGUGUUGCUGGCGCGCAUCGCAAGUAUGACAACACUGUCCGCAGAGAAGGAAAACCCGCAUAGCGUCCUAAAUGGUCUGUUGUCAUUGUUCUGGAACUUCAUGGAGGAUGAUGAAAUAAAGUUUGUACUACGCAAGAUGGUCAAUGCUCUAUUGGCCACAUACACGCACACAGUUCAGGGCAUGGACUAUUCAAAGCAUCGGCAUGUGUUGAACGUACUCCACUGUCUCUGUUUGCACGAGCAGACGCGCAAGUAUCUGCUCGAUAGCAAACUGUUCAAAAAGCACUGCCUGGCCUUCUUUUUGUACAUCAGUCCGUUGGAGUUUUAUAUAAUGGAGGAGCUGCUACCCGAUCACAUGGCCUGGACAGAGGGCAUUGACGGACCCAAGGAUAAAUAUGCGAAUGUUGUUGAAAAAGUGCGCAAGAGCACAGAAUCGUUGUAUGCAGCUGAAAAGGACUUUCUGAACACGCUGAUGAUAAACUCAGAUGGCAACGCGGAGACACCCUCCACUCGCAAGCUGUUCCUCAACAAAAUGCGACGCUAUGUCAUGGAUCUGAGCAUGGAGCAGCGACCCUUUCAUGCCUUUUUCUUUAUGCAGUCCAGCAUACAGCAUCCGUUGGACUCGUCAGUGGCGCUUGCCUUUGUUUCCAUACUCAUCGAUCAGGUGCGAUCGCUGUUCAAGGAUGAACUACCGAGUCAUAUAAUGGAAGUGGGCAUUGAUUACUUUCUGGAUGGCACUUUUGAUUAUAUGCAUUUUGAUCGCGUUGGCGGAGUCUUGUCGCAUCUGCGCAAGGUGCACAGAGGUGACAUCGAUGCGUAUUUGGGUGCAGAGCGUACCCAGGCAAUCUACGAUGAGGACCAUAAUUCCGUACGCGUAAGUGAAGUGGAUACCACACUAUACCUGCUGGGCGAGAACAUUAACAAUGUAGCCGUGGUUGGACACACUCAAGGCGCUAACAACUCAACCUUUACACACUUCCUCAAUCCGCGCAUGCCACAAAAUCCCGACACAGCCCCAGGCAACUCCAGCAUGGAGUCAAGUGUCUGCGAACUGUUGGAUAUUUGUGUACUGUUUUACUACUCGGCCGGGCACAAGUAUAUAGUGAAAAUUGCAUCGGUGCGGGAUGAGAUCGCCAUGCUCAAUGAGGUGCUCAAGGAGACGAAAUACUAUCGCGAGGACAUCGAACGCAAACUGUUGACUCUCGAACAGCAUGCGAAUGUCUGCAUGAAUGAUAAUCAUCAGCAUAUCAUGUCCGAAUUGCGUACCAAGUUCAGUCAGCGACAAAAUGUUUUUGCGACACGUUCCAUAUCGCUGGCGAGAAAACAAGUCUGGCUGCGUGCUGUCGCCUUGAAUACGCACCGCCGAUCCUUGUUGAUAUGGCUGAUGGAGCGCAUUCUACGCUCAUUAACGAGUGCCUCUGGUUCCGGUCCACUUUUUGCAUUUGUACCCGAAAUCUACAUAAAUACGACGCCCAUUUUGCUGGACACUGUGAUGGACUUUAGUCAUCACGAUAUGCGCGCUCAGUUCGACAUUGGAGAUGCGGAGUGUGGCAUUAAUGCUGCCGCCGAGUUUCUAGCCAUGCAUUCGGCGGAUUCGCGUAUUGUGCUUGCCUCCUGCAAAGAUUCGCUUUUGCAGGCUCUGGGUACUCUUACCUGCCACAAAUCCGGAGUGCGUGCGCUAGAGCGUUCCUCGAAGCGCGCUCAGACGGCGUUGGUGCGGGCACUACUGCGACCCUAUGAGAAUCGUGCUUGGGGCCAAAGCAAUUGGCUGCUGUUGCGCUUCUGGCUGGGCGAGGGCUUUGCAUUUAAGGAUGCACGCCAGCCGAGUGUGUGGCAAGGUGGAUCACAGCCGUUGCACCAUGGCUUGUGUCGCAGUCGCUCGAGAAAUGAGACGCACACGGGACUACUGCACAAUGUGGCGCCCGCCAAUCCGUCCAAGCAUUUUCAGCGCUUGAUUGGCACCAAGCUGUACGAAGACGAACCAUUAGCGACCACGUUCCUCAACUCCGUGCUGAGUCAGUUAAAUUGGGCAUUUUCAGAGUUUAUACUGCUGCUGCAGGAGAUACAAAACACGGCUCAACGUCAGGAGAAUACGCUGUUUGAGCCAAAGCAGCUGAAGAUCUGCUCGAUGUGCUUUGAGCUAACUGUUUCGCUGAUGCGUUGCCUGGAAAUGAUCAUAACUGUUGCACCUGAUGUUGUCGGCGAUGAGUCGCGUGGAAAUAGCGACCUGAUUUUGAAUCGCAUUUGCCAGCUGAUCAGUCAGGUGCUGUCACGCGUCACAGUGCCGCCGGGCUGCUUUCAGUUUGUGGUUGAUAUGUGUUCCGCGGAUCUGAAUGCCGUUACCCAUUUUCCCAUCAUCUCUGCGGCACUAGGCAUAUUGAUGGCAUUGCUUCGCAACGAAGUCGAGCAUGAUAUCACGCCGCAGAAGGUGACGCGUAUAUCGCGUGCAUUUCUCACCGAUCCCAGUUUUCAGUUUGCCACGCUGGAGUUUGCACUGGGCGAGGUACGCACACCGCUGCUGGAGCAGAAAGAGAUACCACGGGGCAAUUUUGAUCCGUCGUCCCGACCGCACAUUGAUCCACUGACCAAUGAUGUGCGCGUGCCGCAUCUCAACAAUUCCAAGCGCAUACGCGCUGAUCCGCCCAUCAUUAAAUUUGCACUGAUCGAUUAUCCAACGCAUGUGUCCCUUGAGGAAAUCGAAGAUGUGCGUCAUUUGAUCGAAAAUUUACGCAUCAAACAGGCCCUUCUCUCAGACAUAACGCUGCCAUCGGAGGACUCGUUGUGUCCCAUUUGCUGUGCCAAGCCAAUCACUGCCGUUUUUACGCCCUGCAAACAUCAGUCUUGCAGUGACUGCAUCAUGCAGCACAUGAUGAACUCCAAACUGUGCUUCUACUGCAAGACCACCAUACAGACCAUCGAGACGCUGGAUGGUACGCUCAUCUACUCCAACGAGGAGGCGAUACAGCCAACACUUACCGACUGUGUUUGAUUUAUCCCACCAAGAAUCCAACCAAAAAUCUAGUCACCUUUGAAGAUUAAAUUGCUACGCUUAACAUGUGGUUUUUACACAUACACACUAUAUACAUAGAUAUAUAUAUAUAUAUUUUAAUCUUUAGUUUAUUCUUUUUGUUUGCCUUAUGCUUGCAAUUAUUUCCGAUGUGAUAUGCUAAAGUGCAAUUUAGAACCAGAAAACAAAAUACAGACCCAACAAAUGUAAUAGGUAAUGUAAUGUAUAAUAUGUAUAAUCUAUAUUAUGAUCUCUCGGUUUUUUCAAAAUACUUUAGGCAAAUUAAUUAUGAUGAGCACAAAAAUACAAAUGCAUUUAUGUAAGUUCCACAAAAAC